AUGACGAGUAAAGUGGAUCCUGAUGUCAAGAAGGCGAUUGAAGCCCAUCGGCAACAAACUAUCACAGCCAAUCAACAAAUUGCUAUCUUGAAUGCUCAGUUAGAGGGAUUAAGCGUGAAGCAUAGGCGAUCAGAACUGAUUGAGCAGGAAUUAAAAACCUUACCUGAAGACGUUGUAACUUAUAAGGCGACGGGACGCAUGUUUAUCAGACGAGAUAUCCCUGUUAUUCUCGAAGGUCUUCUUCAGGAACGAUCCUCAAUCACGGAAAAUAUGGAAUUACUAAAGAACAACAAAGAGGCUGUGUCCAAAAGCCUGGCUGAGUCCAAAGAAGCACUACGAGAACUCCUCAAUUCGAAACAACAUUCCUGA